AUGAACGAUUCUCUCGAGGAGAACAUCUCAACAUCGACUCCAGCUGCCACAAUGAGCCCCGAUCAAAUGGCCAUGGUGUUAGCUUUCUACAAUGAAACUGUUGCUUUUGAGCAAAUGAUUGGUAUCAUCAUUCCAUCGAUCUUUGCCUUGAUUAUUCUUAUCGGCGUUGUGGGUAAUGUGCUGGUGGUUGUGGUGGCACUGCAUCGACAAAUGAGAAAUAGCACGAAUACGUUGAUCAUCGGACUUGCCGUCUCGGAUUUGAUGUUUCUCCUGCUAUGCAUCCCAUUCACGGCAAUCGAUUACGCGAUGCCCGUUUGGGUGUUCCCAGAAUGGACUUGCUCGAUGAUCAACUAUUUUCAACAUAUUUCCGCCUAUUUCUCUGUGUGGACGCUCACAUUGAUGGCGUUGGAUCGAUUUUUGGCCGUUUGUUUUCCCGUUGAUUCGAUGACUCUUCGAAGCACCACCAACACUGUCAUCAUUAUGUCCAUUGUUUAUGCAAUCAUUCUUGUUUCUCAGAUUCCAAUCGGCCUCAUGCACGGGAUUUUCCACUACGAGUUCAUCAUCGAGAAUCGCUCGACAUGUGCCAUUGUGAGCAUCGCCGACAAUUCGGCUACGAUAGCACAAGCAAGAGGGUAUUUCUUUACAUUCAAUCUUUUUGGCUAUGUUCUACCAUUGGGAAUCACUUGUGUGCUGUACUAUUUUAUGCUCAAUCGACUCUGGCAAACGCCAAGGCCAGGCACUUGCAAUAGCAAGCCGACCGGAAACUGUGAAAGCAAAAAGAAAGUGACUCGUUUGGUGCUUUGUGUGGUGAUUAUUUGGGCGGUUUGCUGGUUGCCACUCAAUGUCUGCUUCUUCUUUUCAGGCAUGGCCUACCCGGACACUCUCGUCUUGCGAGGCGGCAAAGCGAUGGUGAUCGUUCAAAUCGCCAGCCAAGUCCUCGCCUACACGAAUUCUUGUCUCAAUCCGAUUCUCUACGCGUUGAUGUCAGAUAAUUUCAGAAAAGGUACACUACAAAGCGAAUUG